AUGUUAGAACGGGGAUCAAUUUUGCUGUAUAAGGAACUGGCUGACCUGGCGCACAACGCACGUUUAUUGGAUGAAAACCCACGUGUUAAUUUGAAAAUAUUUCGAAUUGAAAAUACUAAACAAGAUGAAGUCGAACCGUCGGACACAUUUGAUACCUUCAAGGAGCAAAUCUACCACACAACGGGCGUCCUACCUGAUUGUCAAAAGCUUAUAUACGCGGGACACGUAUGUACCUUAUUCGAUACAUUUGCUGACAAAAAUAUCCAAGAUGAAGAUCAGAUUAAUUGGAUAUAUGCAACAAGAAACUUUUUAAAUUUAUCAACACAUGACUCGAUUAAUGAGCAAAUUCAUAUAAAGUUCCAUUUAGGAAAGAUUUCACCGGAUCGAUUUCUAGUUGGUGAAGAUCCAGAUCACAUGAUUAUUUGGCUCGAUCGAAAAAUUGAUAAGCAACAACACUACGAUAAUUUGAUAAACGCUUUCUCGCUCAUAGCAUUAAUUAUCAGUCAGAACCAGCCAGAACAAACUCCGAGACGGUCCGAGAAAGCCUUUUAUACAAACUACAGUUUAUCUGCGACUGUUGCUACUGUAUCAUGGACCUUGGAAGUGUUCUCAAGCAUUACGGACUGUCUGAGAUGCUUCGAUGAAAACAGAAACAAAUGCAUCUUUUUCAUUACAUCGAAUACAAUGGCAAGAGUAGCUGUACCAUUGAUUCUCGAACACUUCCAAGAGAUGUUCACCGAUCCAUUGUCAUAUGGAUUUCAUCUAUCAAUAUAUGUGUUUCGUGAGAAUACUGGAGAGCAAUUGGACUGGGCAUUUGAAUAUAUAAAAAAUAUACAAAUAUUUGAUUUCAAUGAAGAUCUAUUUGUUCGUUUGAUACGUGAUAUUGCUGAUUAUCAUGUUGCUGUUGGUAAGCACAUCCUGGGCAGUUCUCCAUCACAUCGUUCAGCUAUUCGUCGUCGACUCUAUUGGGCGCGAGAGCUAUAUGAACGAUAUCGUGAUCUGGAAAAUGUGUCUCUGAAGAAAGAAUUCGAAGGAAUCGAUGCACUUCUUGAAAAGGAACAAACAAUGAAGGACAUACAAGCAAGUCCACCAAAAACAAAUCUGAAGCGGAAAAUAGCAGAUGUGCAAUCAGUUAAUAAUAAUUAA